GGAUGACCUCUGGCCACCAUGUGACGAUUUCUCACGCGUGUCUCAUCUUUUUGGACCAUUCGUUAUUAAUAAAUGCCCCGGAAUUUCACUGGACUGUCCACUUGUUACUUACCUCCUGCAAACAAAGCGCAUGUAAGUUUAAGUAUUGAAAAUAACUUGUGAGCUAUACUUUAUCAUCAAUUUUAAAAAUGCAUUGAUGUUUUUAAAUAUUUUUUUUUUUUUAAAUCCUUAUAAUUAUUAAAGUUAUUUUCAUUGAUUUCAAUUCACCUCUCCUUUCCUUAUUACAGCAACAUGAACUGCUUAUUCGCUAUUCUCGUUUGCCUGCCGGUCUUCACAUUGGGCCAACCCAACUGGAAUUUUGUGGAGCAGGCCCUCUUCCGUCAUUUCGACAGCAAUGCUGACGGACAUCUGACACAGGCUGAAGUUAGCUCUUACCUCAAUGUACGUUUUAAAGCUUUUUUUUUUCAUUUAAAUUUGCUGUGUUUUGGAGAAUCAUUGGUUCACUAGAGAAUCUAGCUGUUUUAGCCGACUCCAUAGACCGUAAAAUAAAUGAGAAGACUCGUUUGGUCAUUUUAAGGCGCCACCUCGUUUGGUCAUUUUAAGGCGCCACUGGUUUACUUUAAGGUCGAAAAAUGUUUAAAUUCAUGUUUGAAAAUAUAUGCACUAUCUACUUCCACCCCCCCCCCCCAACCAAUAUUCCUGCUCUAUCCGCAUACCCCAUUCGAAGGCGUCCAUCCAGCGCAUAGAUUAAGAUUUGGUGUCAGCAAAACAUGGUGUUGGUUGUUGUUUUUUUUGGAAGCAUUGCAAAUCCCCUCUACCUGCAUAGGAGCCAAAAAUGAUCAAUAAAUUGAUUGUGGGCCCUUAAUAUAUAAAAGAAGAAGAAGAAAGCCACUCUGUAAAGCAGGCAUGAACAACAUACGGCCCACGGGCCGCAUGUGGCCCGCCGGUAUCCACUUUGCGGCCCGCGAAGUAACGAAAUAUUAUUCAUCAUUAUUAUUUUCUUUUAGCUUUUCCCCUGUCCUAUCAACUUUCGGCCCGCACAAUUUUUUCAUAAAGUAUUACGGCCCGCACGAGUUUUUCAUAAAGUAUUACGCCCCGCACAAGUUUUUCAUCAAGUAUUACGGCCCGCACAAGUUUUUCAUCAAGUAUUACGGCCCGCACAAAUUUUUCAUCAAGUAUUACGGCCCGCACAAGUUUUUCAUAAAGUAUUACGGCCCGCACAAGUUUUUCAUCAAGUAUUACGGCCCGCACAAGUUUUUCAUCAAGUAUUACGGCCCGCCUUACAUUCUGAGUUGCGCAGGCCUGCUGUAAAGCAUAGGUCUAUCUUAAAAGCGAGAAAAAGACAUCAAGUAACUGUUUUUGCAAGGUUUUUUUCGAAAUUAAAUUUUUCCAUCAGACCUUCGACACCGACGGCGACGGCCAAGUGUCCAGACAAGAGUACAACGCCCACAUCACCGCCCAGUACAGCCAUGACCCGAUCACCCAGCGCGAGCUCCACGCCCUCUUCGACCAGUUCGACACCAACAACAACAACCAUCUGAGCACAUCAGACUACACGGCUCUCUUCGCUGACGCCGACGACAACGCCAACAACCAGGUGUCAGGUCAAGAGUUCAACAGGUAA